AUGUCAUCCCCGAGUGUCCCUCAUUCUCCCGAUCCUGACAACACAGUCGAGACAACAUGGGACAAUCACACCAUUUGUUCAGCUCCUAAGACACAUGCUCGAUCAUGUACCCGCGAAGCCCAAGAUGAUCUCGUCAAAUCUUUCGUUGAGAGCCUUGUCUCCACACGAGCCCUCGCCGAAGAGCGCAUCGCCGAAUUCAAGAGACUGAACACCGACCCGGACAUCGCUGCAGUUUGGCUUGCCAACAAACUUAAGCGAACAAUCGGGGAAUACCCAAGAAUUUACGAUCAGAUGGUUGCACUGGCUCACGCUGAGGUGCUGAUAUCGGAAGAGAUGCAAGCAAGUUCGUGGAAGAGUGCAAACAGGCAAGGGACUCGAGCUUGGAUAGGCGUCAGAAGGUUAUCAACGCAGCUCUAA